AUAUUUUGAAUUUUUGUUUAAUUUCAGAUGAAUGGUUGAUUUUAUAGAAAUGAUUUCAUUAAAUUCUGAAUUAGGACAAGAGCGAUUAAAGGAAUCGACAGCUCUCGACUGCACGAACGAACAAAUAAUUAAAAAUUUCGUCAAACAGUCCGGUCAGACGACCUGCGGUUUAGUCAGCAGUUGUGUGAUGAUGAAUUCAUGCUUCGCUAACUCUUACAUCAACGAACACUCGAGCUUCUGCUUCAAGACAAACUUCCCUGAACUUGCCUGCUACGUGGCUAAUCGACCUCUCAUAAUUGUAAAGAAUUCAUCGAGGAACAAAGGAGACAACUAUAGCAAACAACGUACUCGUACUGAAACAGCUGCUGAGAAUCAGUUCCACUCUCAAAACAACAAUUCUGCAACUUCUCUAGUUGAUUCUUCGCAAAAGUUAAAUUUUUCUACAAACGCUUCUGAUAUGGCUGAUCAAAAAGUACUUCCAACCACGCAGAUAUCCGACGUAUCUGUGGACAACGAGUUGAGAGGCGUCAUGUCAUCCACUUCGUCCAUGAAUCCCGAGAAGAUUGUGGCUCAAAAUUCUUUUCUCGAUGUUUUCAUCAAAACAAAAAUUAAUAACAUCAUUGACAAAGUUGAUAAAGGAAUAACUUCUUGCUGUCUGGACAACGACAUGCACGAGGCAGGGUGUUAUGGAGAAUGUGGAAUGCAGGGCCCAACUGUAACAGCAACUGGUGGAAAACCUAUUGUUGAGACUAAAAAAGGUCCAAAGGUUGGUCCAAUGAAGACUGCCUACACUGCAAACGUUGGACACUGCACACAAUCCUGUGGUUGUUCCGGUGGAAAGGGUUGCUGCAGGAUAGGUGGAUCGGGACUAGCUGCCUGUGAAUAUAAAGGUCCAGUCGGGAUUGGUUGUGAUCUGGGUGGGAGCGUAGGUGUCGGAGGAGUCACUGGCUUUGGUGGUAUGGGAAUAUUCAAAAAAUACAAUGCCAUCAAAGAAGCAAAAGCAAAAGCAAGAGAAGCCACAAGAAUAGCAAAGAAGAAUGCAGCUCUGAGGGCAGGCAUCAACAUGUCAGAAAUUGACAAAACUGAUUGGGACAAUGUGCGAUUGAAUGCAGAUGGUGAGUAUGAGUUCAUGCCAAAAUGCAAUAUGGACGGAGGCGAAUGUGGUGGAGAUGAAGAAAAUCCCUGUUGUAUAAAGAGUGGUGAAGGCUAUUUAGGUGGAUGUUGUAACAUUAUGAAGAAACUGAAUGCCGGCCAGUAUCCUACCUUUUCAAAAGCACAGUCAGCCGCCACUCCUGCUGCUACAGCUCCAACCCCAGCAACACCACCCACAACAUCCAAACCGAAACCUACUAAUGUGGUCACUCACAACAACAACAGUAGCAAUAACAUUGGCAGGAGCAACGAAACCAAUGAUCCUGAUUGUGUUGAUGAGGAUAUUUGUAUUCCAUUUCCUCUGACGGAAGAGACCGUUCUUGAGCUGCCUGCAUUAAAGAAGGUAAUCGAUGUUGAGAGAAUGAAGAGGGAGGGGCUUACGUUGUGUGAGGUUGCUCGCUUGAUUGCAGCUUUUUAUUUCCAUGUUGACAUUAACUAUGCUGAUGUAACCAGCAUCGAUAGGUUUAGAAAGGACGUGCAAGAAUCAUUUGGGCCAUCAUCUUCGUCGUCCUCGUCCCCUCCUUCAUUAUCAUCAUCAUCUAAACGAGUUGGAGUGAUUGUAAACUAUGAUCAUAAGGUGUUGGAUGAGAACUGUUUCUUCUCUGGUCAUCACAGUCCCGUAGCAGCCUACCACCCUUCCUCCGACUCCAUCUUGCUCAUGGAUGUGUGGCCCUCCCAUGCCGAAGUCUGGGUGCCACUGCACGCCAUGAUGGCUGCCAUGAACACCACUGACGCUUCUUCCAAACAGUCGAGGGGGUAUCUGUUGGUGGCUCGCUGUCUAUAAGAUGAUGCUGGUCGGAUGGCGAUGAAUGAUGAUCACGUGACGCUCAUGAUGAAGACUUCGACGAACUUUAACUUAUUUUUAUUUCUUUAAAAUCAUCACUUUAUUAUUUUUAUUUAUUUUUAUUACAAUUUCAGCUAAUUAUAAUCCUACCUUUGAAAAAAA